ACGGAAAGCCUACCUGGCUGAAGAAACACCCAGGCCAGUUAAUGCCCUGCAUUAUUUGCAUAAGUGGGUCACAAGGCCUCUCUACUUUGCAUACUCGGAAUACUUCCUGUUUCCCUCAGAACAGGUUUUUGCUGCGGAUGAGGAAUCAGCAGGCCUAAGGGAAGAGGCAACAGACACCUCCUUCCUCAGUGUCGAAAUGGAUUCUUUUAAAGUGCCUUGCCCUCAUCAGAGGGUGCCUGUUGAGACGGAUGAGAGCAUGACAUCCUCCGGUCUGGACUUGGCCUGGCCUCUGUCUUGCAAACAGUGUAGUGGACGCACAGAGAACAUAGGGGGUAGUGGGCACAGCGUGGGCGCGGCCUACAGUGCCAGCCAGUGGAGCCUCCCCGAGGGCCACCACCUGCAGGACCCCGGACCAGCCUGUCGUCACGUUGCACGCCUGGGACCGAGCCUGCUCCCUGCAGGGUACCAACAGGAUCCCACAGGGGGCCACAGUAGAGGCUUUGCUGAACCUUCAGACUGGCCCUCCGUGGGGGAGGCAGAACCCUUGGAGCUCCCUUUGUCCCUCAAGUCCGAAGUUAACCACGCCCAUGUCUCGUCACAAGACACAGCAGCACGUAUGAACGGCCCCAACCCGAUGCAGGGGCGUCGUCUCAGACAGUGCACGUGCUGCCCACCGGCAAACCAGCCCCCUCACAAUAAUUACAAGCAUCACUAUACACGGGACCACCAGGCAGAUUCGUGGCAUGAGCCUCGACGCUACCUGCAGAACCCCGUCCCUCCAAAUGUCCAGCAAGCAUCUGUGCCUAAUCAGCGCAUGGGCCCUCCCAGAGAAUUAAUACACGAGGUCAGCGUGUACGGCUCCCUCCAGGCUGGUCCAGGGCCAGCAACGGGGGAGAUCAGGAGGACCAUCAGCCUGUCUGAGGAGUAUAGGAAUGUCUUCAUCACAUAUUCAGUGGACACAGCAGAAGAAAUCAUUCCUUUCACCAAAUUUCUGACGGAUCAGGGGUUCAAACCAGCAAUUGACAUCUUCGACAAUCCAAUCCGAAGAAUGGGCAUCAACAAAUGGAUGGACAGCUUUCUGAAUGACAAAUCGGUGCUCAUCAUCGUGGUCAUCAGCCCCAAGUACAAGGAGGACGUGGAGGGAGACGGAGACGAUGACCACGGCCUCCACACGAAGUACAUUCAUAAUCAGAUCCAAAAUGAGUUCAUCCAACAAGGCUGCCUGAACUUCAGACUGGUACCCGUGUUGUUUCCAAACGCGUCCAAGAGACACGUCCCCAGCUGGCUCCAGAGCACCAGAAUCUACCGCUGGCCCUGGGACACCCAGGACCUGCUGCUGCGCCUGCUCAGGGAGGAGCGCUACGUCAUGCCGCAGCGGGGGGGCGACCUCACCCUCACCGCCCGCCCCCUCUGAGAAAAUCUGAAAGAAGGACUGACGUGUGCGGAGAACAAGCAAUUUUCAAAAGAAAAAUAGUUUGUUUAUUUCGUGUCGUGUGCCUCGAACUGUUGCACGGCAGCAGUUCAGAUCACUUCAGUGUUUUCCUUCUGUCGCUUGUUGCCUCUUUCUUUGGAUGUAUUAUUAAUUAAACAGUUUCCACAUCUCUCUA